CUUUCUUCUCUAAGAUCCGUAUUCAUCUUUCAUACGUGUUAAUUAUCACGUCGUAGGUAGCAACGCAAGGUGAAAGGAAAGAAGAUAUAAAAAAAUAAGGAAGCGACCACCUCGUAUGGUCGUAUGUAGAGUAGAAUUGCAUCGGCAGUGCGGAAGAGAAUGAUAGAGAAAAGUAGUAAGUUAUUUAGUAUCGUAGUAACGGGGCCGGUCGCCGGCAAGAACCUCGUUUUUAGCGGGAACCAACUUCAAGUAGGAGUUUGCAUCAACAGGAGGUGGAGAACGAUGCGGAACCGCAGUCGCACGUUGACCAGCCGACCUGGCGGACAUAACUUUCAAUCAUUAUACCCCGCCACCAUCUGAUAGUCAUGUAAAAUAAUCGUAAACAUUUCCUGUCAAAUAUUUGUGCUGAUAAAGAAGAACAAUAAUAAUUUACAAGAAGAAAUGCAACGUUCGCGUCGGUUUGGUAAUAAAUUGAUUGAUUUGUUAAUUUUGAAACUAGUGAGGUACAAAGUUAUGGUGGAUUAUAAUCUAUAAUAAAUCGCCGGGAUACAAAAAAAAAAAAAAAAGCUGACUACGGAAGCAAAAAGUAACUACAGGAGCAAAAAAAAAAGAAUUAGUAGAAUAAAUAAUAAAAGAAGAGAAUGAUUAGUUGAUCGUUAUAAUAUUACCGGUAGAAAAUAAGUCCUAAUAAACCAACAUGCUAUCACAGACACUCAAUUUUAUAGCACGUAUUUUUUGAAACUUGACAAAUGCUGUCAAAAUAUUUGUGUUAAGUUUUUAAAUUAUAUUAUUUAAAUAAUGAUUGUUAAAGACAAUAUGUGGAGGCAGAGGCGUUUAAUUGUGCCGAAAAGGACUAGCGAACUGGUUGCUCUGGUUGCUCUAUCCAGUACAUUGUUUCUCUUCCUUCACACACGGGAUCUGCAUUCUCGCCUUCGUGAGAUGGAAGUGCGAUUACAACCCGGCGAGAACGAGAUCUCAGGAAACCAACCAUCAUCAGAUGGAGAAAUCCAACUAGCGACAGCUAUUCAGUCUCCCCAAAGCUCUAGAUAUUCUACUAUUAAACUGUACGAUCAUCAUGAAAUGUUGGAUUUGAAUGCACUGAAUAAUACUAAACGAGCUGAUAAACACGUUCUCUUCUUCAACCGAGUACCGAAAGUCGGAUCUCAAACAUUCAUGCAAUUAUUGAGAAGACUUUCCGUGAGAAAUAACUUCGCAUUCAACAGAGAUCAAGUGCAACGCGUUGAAACUAUAAGACUUGCACCUUAUGAACAACGUCAGCUUGUUAGACUUGUAAAUAGUUAUAACGAACCAUCUGUCUACGUUAAACACGUUUGCUUCACUAACUUUACUGAGUUCAAUCUUCCUCAACCAAUUUAUAUGAAUGUUGUAAGAGAUCCAGUUGAACGCGUAAUAUCGUGGUAUUAUUAUGUACGCGCUCCUUGGUACUACGUGGAACGAAAGCAAAUAUUUCCGGAUCUGCCUCUGCCAGAUCCUGAAUGGUUGAAGAAAGACUUUGAAAGCUGCGUCUUGAAUGGAGAUCGAGAAUGCCGAUACGUUGAAGGAGAGUAUCAUGAAGGCAUCGGUGAUCACAGGCGACAGACUUUAUUUUUUUGUGGUCAUAGCGAGAAGUGCAUGCCAUUCAACACAGUUGGCGCACUCGAAAGAGCUAAAUUAUCAGUAGAAAAACAUUAUGCCGUUGUUGGAGUGCUUGAAGAUAUAAAUACAACUCUCACUGUCCUUGAAAAUUACAUUCCUCAGUUUUUUGAAGGUGCAACUGAACUUUAUUGGGAUGAAAUGAAUUCAUUCAAGACAAUUAAUCGAAAUUCUUUUAAACCUCCAGUUAGUGAGGCAAUAAAAGAAAUGGUAAGAAAAAAUUUCACAAGAGAAAUAGAAUUUUACCAAUUUUGUAGGCAACGAUUGCACCGACAAUUGAGAGCAUUAAAAUUGUCUUCAACAGUUCCUACAACUCAAAAUGAAGCCAGCAGCUUGUAAAUAUUUUUUCAGUAGUAAUUAAUAUGUCUGCAUAUGUACUUAUAAAAUUAAUCUUAAUUUGAUAAAAAAAAAAAUUUAGAUGUUUGUUCAA